AUGAACAUUCAAGUGGGCAACAAAUUAGAAGAUGCAUUCAGCACAAAACUCUACAUCAUCCUACCAGAACAACUGAGGUACAUUGGCUCAGAUGAUAAGGAGUGCCGUCGAACAGGAACCCUGACAGUUACGUGUGACGUGGAAAAUCCAUUUCCUCAUGGCAAGUACGCGUCAGUAGCGUUGCGCCUGGACGCAAGUUUGGUUGAUUCGUCGGUGCGUGAGUUGUACGUGCAUCUCAUUGUUAACAGUUCCAGCGUUGAAGUUAACUACGACGACAAUGAGGACAUAUUCGUCAUCAAAGUCAACUUAUCUUCAGACGUUGUAAUCUUGGCUAAUGUUCAACCCGAAUCGAUGUAUCGGAAUCGUCAAGAUCGUUACGCCGAAACUUUGAAACAUUCAAAAAAUACUGACGAUGACAGCGUAGUGCAAAAAGCAAGCAUGGAAUCCAGUGAAAUAAAAAUUGGCAAAAAAGUUUCGCCUGUUUUCGGUUCCACGUUGGGAGAUUCGUUCGAGCACACUUUUGAGGUUAAAAACAGAGGUUACACAAAGACCGCCAGUUUGAAACUCCACAUACAAGUGCCAUUGAUCUGUGGUGGCCAGCAUCGCGAUAGAAGUGACCGUGGUGGCGAUUAUAAAAGUUCGUGCCGUUACUUCAUUGACAGUACUACCAUUGAAUUCGUAAGUGAUGACGUAGAUGUCGAUUGUUAUGAAAAUGAUGUUAACAGUGGUGGUUGUCAUCAACAAAUUAUAACACUACUUUGCAAGUUAAUAUCAGUGAAGCUAACGUAUCAGUCCAGUAUCACGAAAACGCACGCCGUAUGGCAUCGGAAGGUUGUUUUAUUAAAUUAUAAGGAGGACGUUGGGAUUGCAGGUAACUUUAGUUUCCAUGCUAACAUGGGGGCCAACGACGAUGACGUUGAUAGGAGCAAAGAAUCGAUUUUGAGUAAAAUUUUAAAGUUUGGUUCUGGUAAUGACAGCUCCGAACAAAAUGUUCUCUACUUGACAUGUGAUGAUGAAAGCAUGAUGGAAUGCAUCUCCAUCGAAUGUUCCGUCCAUCCACUGACCAGAGGAGAGAGUGCAGUUGUGUCCAGCAGCCCUCAGGUGGAUGAGAUAAAAGUAACUUCAAGAGCCAGAGUUUCAAUUCCAUCAUCACAGAAGACAUCAGAAGACAUCCAUGCAUUCGAUAGUUCAAACUUUACUCUCACGACAUUGACGAUCUUCCUGAGAGACAAUUCAGGCAUUCACAUGCACGUGCCAAUCUGGGCCCUCGUUCUUUCCAUAUCUCUUGGAGUCCUUGCUCUGCUGCACGUUGUCCUCAUCAUGUAUAAGUGUGGUUUCUUCAAACGUCCCAAGAGAAAUAUCCUGGCCCCAGUCCACCAGGCCACCGUGAAGAAACCACUGAAUAUUCGUCAGAUGUCACAACCAACCAGAUUUCUUCCACCCCGGCCUUUUAGCAGAUGA